AUUAGCAGGAUAACCACCAAAACAAAAGUGGCUUUUGUGAUCGUGCUUUAUAAUUGGGCUUUGUAGUGGCGGUCUUGGUGGCAGCACAUGAAAGAUACGCACAACCUCAUACCACUCCUCCUGAUCUCAUUAGUGUGCGCCCUCGUCGCGUUGCGUGCGGCUGUUGCGCAGCCUCCUAUCCUACACCCAUCCGUUCCAACCCCAAUUGCCAACACGACCACCCCCACUUCGAUCGAAGUCGAUAGGAUCAACAACAAUUAUCUCGCGGAGAUCUGUUAUCCGAGACGCGAAGGGAGAGCCAUGUCCAAAGCUCUAGUAUAUACAGAUGUCAACGUUGUUCGCCCUAAAGAAUACUGGGAUUACGAAUCGCUUACAGUUCAGUGGGGUGAUCAGGAUGACUAUGAGGUUGUUCGGAAAGUUGGAAGGGGAAAAUACAGUGAAGUUUUUGAAGGAAUUAAUGUCAACAGCAAUGAGCGGUGCGUAAUCAAGAUACUGAAGCCUGUUAAGAAGAAAAAGAUAAAGAGAGAGAUAAAAAUACUACAAAAUCUUUGCGGAGGCCCAAAUAUUAUCAAGCUCCUUGACAUUGUCAGAGACCAGCACUCAAAGACUCCUAGCUUGAUCUUUGAGUUUGUGAACAGUACAGAUUUCAAAGUUUUGUAUCCUACAUUGACGGAUUAUGACAUACGUUACUACAUAUAUGAGCUUCUCAAGGCAUUAGAUUACUGUCACUCGCAAGGAAUAAUGCAUAGAGAUGUUAAGCCUCACAACGUCAUGAUAGACCAUGAGCUGCGAAAACUUCGCUUGAUAGAUUGGGGUCUUGCUGAAUUCUAUCAUCCUGGCAAGGAAUAUAAUGUUCGGGUAGCUUCAAGAUACUUUAAGGGGCCUGAACUUUUAGUUGACUUGCAAGACUAUGACUAUUCUUUGGAUUUGUGGAGCCUUGGUUGCAUGUUCGCUGGAAUGAUAUUUCGCAAGGAACCUUUCUUUUAUGGUCAUGAUAACCAGGAUCAGCUUGUCAAAAUUGCCAGGGUACUUGGGACAGAUGAGUUAAAUGCAUAUUUGAAUAAAUAUCAUUUAGAGCUUGAUCCUCAACUUGAUGCUCUGGUUGGAAGACACAGCAGGAAGCCCUGGUCCAAAUUUAUAAAUGCAGAUAAUCAGCAUCUAGUAUCACCAGAGGCUAUUGAUUUUCUUGACAAGCUUCUUCGUUAUGAUCACCAGGAUAGGCUCACAGCAAGAGAAGCAAUGGCUCAUCCAUAUUUCUUGCAAGUGAGGGCUGCUGAGAAUAGCAGGAUGCGGAUACAGUAGCCUCUUCAAUGUUAAAAUCAGUACAUAACGUCAGGCUCCGUGUAAGAUCAUGGUUUCAAUUGCAAACUGUAUUUCAUCAGCAUUGUUGUGUAUAAUGUUGUUUUGACAUGUUUAGUUGUGGACUUUUACUAUUUUCAUAAUGGAUCUGUACUUGCAACCCGCCGUGGGUCUGUAUUGGGUUGUCCCAUCAAGUCAUCUGUUUUGCUGUGUUAUUCUAUUGGAUUUGGUCAGGUUUUUUUGCUUUCCUCUGACGCUGUCGUGAUGAAUCCUUAAAAUUUUAGUCUUGC